AUGGAGAAAGGAGAAAGAGAGGCGGGAACUAGGACGAAUCCCAAGAGGAGCAAGAGCAAGAGCAAGAGCAACAAGAGCAACAAGAGCAACAAGAGGAGGAGGGACAAGGAGAGUACCUCCGCCAAAGUUGACCGAAGCACCAACCACAGCAGCGCCACUGCAACCACCUCUGGAACGGGCGAGAGGACAGUAGCAGGAGAUCCCUCCGACCAAGGAAAGAAGCGGCCAAGAGGAGACGGUGCAGGAGCAGCAGCUGCGUCCUUGGCGGGGAAGAAAAGACCGAGAGAGAGCUUGGCAGCCCCACACCAUCACCCCUUCCCGACCGAGUACGGCGACCAUUUUGAAACACCGCUUCAAGCCUACCGAGAUAUAGAGGUCGCGUUGGCGCUGCUCGCCAAGCUGCUGGACAAGAAGCGGAAGCAUCUUCGAAUCUGGGACCCCUACUAUUGCGCGGGCCGCACGCCGCGCUUGCUAGGGCAGCUGGGGUUCCCCAAGGUCGAGCACAGCAACCAAGACUUCUACAAGGUCGUCCGCGAGAAGCGGCAGCCCAAGCACGACGUCCUCAUCACCAACCCCCCCUACAGCGGCGACCACAAGAAGCGCUGCCUGGAGUACUGCAGGGCCUCUGGCAAGCCCUGGUUCCUUCUCGUACCAAACUACGUCGCAACCAAAGACUACUACCGGCUGGCGGUGCUCGGGCCGGCCGCGGGACCGGGCGGGGAGCCCUUCUACGUGGUGCCGGAGAACAAGUACUACUUCGACCACCCGGAGGGUACGGGGCACGCGGACUCGCCCUUCACCGGGGUGUGGUACGUGCACUGCGGGAGCCACACCGAGGCCGUGUUCGAAGGGACCAUCACACAGAAGAGGGGGGGUGUUUCUGUGUUGAGGUCUCUUGACGAGCUCAGCCAGACGGGGGCGGUGACCACCGAGCGAAGGCUGAACCCGCGGCAGCGGAAGGCUCUCAAGAAGAAGCGGAUGGCGGCAGCAGCGGAGCUCUUGUAG